AUGCGGGAUUUUCUUCUUUUAUUCAAUUGUUAUGUGGUGCCAGGCAAGGGUACAUCAGAUUUGACUCACUGUAUACAUUCAGGAAGAGGAGGAACGAAGUCACUCGACAAAAGGAAAGGGGGGAAAUGGAGAAUUUUGCCGAUAUUAAAGCGCUCUCUGUAUCAAAGCCACACUAUUGAUAAAUGUUGGACACGUCCUCAAUCCAAUGUUGCUACCUCAUCUACUCCUCCACCUUUGGAGGAUCAUGGAUCUCAUAGAGUUGCAGGGUGCUGUACUUCUUUCUAUUUUGCUGUUCUUUCUGAGUCAGGUCCUAUUACUCUGGAGAUUCUUAAGCAAUUGAUGUCUGCUAUCACUCAGAAGAUUGAAGAUCUCGGGCUUCUUCUCAUUCUGCAAACAUGGCAAAUCAGGUAUAUGGAUCUGCUGCUUCUUCUUCCAUUCCCAGUGAUUGGAUUCGUCGAUUCCGGGGCUACCAGUCACAUGUCAGGUGAUAUCUUUCUUUUCCUAUCUCUUUCUCCUUUACCUAUCAAAGAUUCUGUUAACAUUGCAGAUGGCACUCUCUUAACUCUUUCACACUGUGGGUCUAUGUCUUCAUCCCGGAUUCUUCAUGAUAUAUUCUCUUUUUCUCCGCUGAGGACAAACUUGCUUUCUGAUAAGGAAUGGGACCCGCCGUCGCCUGAGACAUACACAACACACAGUGCAAGACUUCUUCCAUUGUCUAGGAUCAAGAGGUUGAGGUCUGAACUCCGGUGGAGAAUACGUGUCAAGGUGUUUGAUUUCAUGCUCCUGAAAAUAGGAAUCAAACGUGACGUGUGCUCAUACUCUGCUGCAGACAUGGGGUGUCCGAAAGAAAGAAUCGACACCUGGUGGAGUCUUGCAGGGCCGGGCCAUGCUACAGGCCAAGGGAGUUCAAAUCUUUCUUCGAGCGAUCGUGCGAGACUUUUUUCUCUUCUCAUUCGC